UUGAAAUGUUUGGAGACAAACAAAUAAACCAGAGUCCUUACAUAAACGGAGAGAAUUCGAGCUAUGGAUCACCUCCUUCGCAAUCUACACUUGAGGCAUUUCCAUCAGGCCAGGUUCAGAGCAAGUUUAUUCGAGAUAUAAGUACUGGUAAUCAGAAGAACAAUUAUCAGGCCCAAUUCCAAAAUUCUAAAGAGUUGGUAGGACAACAUAGGGAGAACGUAAUGGAUCCUCUCCGUAUCUCCCUCAAAAAGAGAAAGAAGCCUCUCAUCCUUGUUGAGCAGGGCAUCCGAAGCGGCACUAAGGAGCGGUUAGACAUUUCCCAUAGUGGAUCUAAGAGCAAAUAAAAGUACCAAUAAUCACGGGUACAUAUGUGGCACUCAGAUGCAGUUCAACCCAAAGAAAAAGUUAACGCUAUAUGGCAAUAGCGGCCAGAAAUGGAGAGAGAUGGGUUCAAGGCAGGUCAAGCGUCAACAGAGCCAUCAUUACAGGAUUGGUACAACUGAUAGUUACCCAUACUACGGUAUUAAACAGAGAUUUGUCAAAGUCAAUCGAAAGGCGAGACAGCUUCCAAAAUUAUCUGAAAAUCCAUCUCAUGCUAGCAAGAAGAGUAUCCCCAUCACAACCAAUCAAAUUCCAAGCAAGACGUACAGUAACGGAUUCGGACUUAGGACUGGGAUUGCUGAGAAUCCAGGAGAGGAGAUCAUUGCGCCUCGUGCUCAGCAAUAUAAUAAGAUGCUUGGCCAUCAGAUUCGGAUCGAAAUAAACCAACAAAGAAUUGAAGAGGAAGAAAUGAACACCAAUCCAACUGAAUCUCAGAAUUUACUAUUCUAUGACUUUAACGCUUGAGCUAGAGAUUACAAUUUCGGAGGUGCAGCCAAUGCUAGACUCUGUACUCGUGAAGACUUCCGUCGGACAGGGAUGGUAGGAACUAAAUUUCUUUCAAAUAAAAUUGAGCCUGCUGCAAAUCAGAAACAAACUUCUAAGAAGAGGCCGAUUACCUCCCAAUUUAGAUGUGGUGAUAGACUGCCAUCCCGAGCUAUCAAGACCAGGGAUAAGUCCAAGAGGGUUCGUUUAGGAGUUAAGAAUAGCCCAAAAUUGCCUCAGCAGGGAUCUAAUAAGAAGUCACCGUUCAAAAAGGGUUUAUCUCCUCAGCAUCACUUUAUUGCCAAUGAAAAUAAAGCCUAAUUAUUAACUGAUAAUAGAAGAAGCCAUUUAUUCAGAAGGAAGCGAUUUUUCAUCUUUAGAGUAGAAAUAAGAUCUUCUCUGCAUUAUAAGAGACAAUGAGCUUAUUUUUAGGCAGCAACUAGUGUUCAAUGUCAUAUUGUUAAAAGAACGUUCCAAGUAUAUAAGGAGCCAGUCCCAAUUUAUGAAGAAAUAUGUUAAACUUUCUUUAGCCAAAAUGGUGCUGAGUGGUUCCAAAGCUAUCGAGACUAAAGGGUUUUCCGAAUUUAUCAACCUAUUUUCAAAUAUGCUCCGUU